AUGGAUAAUAAUAAUAAAAAUAGGAUUUUUUAUAAAAAGAAACUUUUAAAAUAUUAUUAUUUAAAUUCGUGUUUGGGUAUUGGAAAAAAUUUAGAUUUAAAUACCGAAAUCGAAGGUUCGGAACAUGCGAAAAGAGAUAAAAUCGUUUGGAAAUUUCUUAAAAGGAGAUCAUUUGGUAAAAAUGAAUUUUCAAAUGGUAAAAAAUGUUUUUUAAUGUUGCACGGUUUGGGUUUUCACGUAUUAAGAAGUGACGAGUAUAAUAUUAAAUUAAAUAAUAAAAUGGUAUCGGCGUCUAGCACGAGUGCAAAAAAUUUAUUCGUUGAAUCUAAACAUCGAUUAUGCGAUAGAGUUCAAGUUAAUGUAAAUAAUAUAGCUGCCAUUGCUAGACAAAUUCAAAGAGGUUCAAAAUCUAAUGAGAAUUUGAUGGCAACAGCGAAAAAUUUUGCUCUACAAGAAGCUGCGAUUGAGAAUUCGGAAAGUAAUGUUAACAAGCUAUUGGUUUUGUCAACACAACUUAAUAGUCAAUUAGAAGCGAUUGAAAAUAAUGCAUCAAAAAUCGAAGAAGCAUUGGAACAGGUUCAUGCAAUGCAACGUUAA